AUGAGAAGCUUUUUUUCGCGUUUCAGGAGAUCCGGCCAACCCGACGAUCCUCUAGAGCGGCCAAACGACAAGCGGACGACCCAGAACGGCCACCAGAGACGCCGUACGAGCUCUGUGAGCAGAGCAGCAGCUUUCCUUACGGGUGCAAAGAACUCGUUGCAUAUCCCCAAGACACAGGAACCUCAAAACACCCUGACCUCGCUGCAGAUCUUGGGCAAGAUGGAUUCGGCGUUGGUCGUGCCGCAGGGCUCGUUGAAUAACUCCGCGGGGGAGUCAUUGCCUACCGCCCGCUCUUCUUUCCGAGUCGGCGUGACGGAAGACAAGAAUAAGAAGUGCAGAAGGACGAUGGAGGAUACGCACGCUUAUCUCUACAAUUUCCUAGGAAGUCCCACCCCGGCCAGCCAGGCCGAACUCUCGUUGCGAAGUCACCACCCCAACGAACCCGGCGGAUCGGAGCCCGAGCGAAAGCCGCCUGUCGAAACGGAUAAUGGCUAUUUUGCGAUCUUCGACGGUCAUGCCGGAACAUUUGCCGCGGAGUGGUGUGGGAAGAAACUACAUUUGAUUUUGGAGGAUACCAUUAAAAAUAACCCGAAUGCGCCGGUCCCAAUGCUACUCGACCAGACGUUCACGAUUGUUGACCAGCAAUUAGAGCAGCUGCCUUUGAAGAACAGCGGUUGCACCGCGGUUAUUGCCGUCCUUAGAUGGGAAGAUCGGGCGAUGAAUUCUACGGCGGGGGCUCCAGAUGUUGGAAAUAACAAGUUAAAUAGUGCAGGGGCGGAGGCGGAGAAAGGGGAAGCAUUACGGGUGCAGAACAGCACUUCGAAUGAAGGGUUGUCGGGUAGGGAUGCAAAAACAAGCUCUGAUGGUGCUCGUCAGCGGGUACUGUACACAGCCAAUGUCGGCGAUGCCAGGAUCAUCUUGUGUCGUAACGGGAAGGCUCUGCGGUUGUCCUACGACCAUAAAGGUAGCGAUGAGAAUGAAGGAAUGCGAAUCACAAAUGCGGGUGGUAUGAUUUUGAAUAAUCGUGUAAACGGUGUUCUUGCAGUCACCCGUGCUCUGGGUGAUUCGUACAUGAAGGAUUUUGUUACUGGCCACCCAUUCACAACCGAGACGAUCAUCCAGCCCGACUCCGAUGAGUUUCUAAUAUUGGCCUGUGAUGGACUUUGGGAUGUUUGCUCGGACCAGGAAGCAGUCGAUCUGAUUCGCAACACCCACGACCCCCAAGCCGCCUCCAAGAUCCUAGUCGACCACGCUUUAUCCCGCUUCAGCACCGACAACCUCUCCUGCAUGGUCGUCCGGUUCGACUCCAGCACCCACUCACAGGGACUCAAACCCAACUCCCCCACCCGCGACAGCAGCAGCACUGGCGGCGGCGGCGGCGGCGCCAGCGACGCGGACAAGAACCCACCCCACGCCCGGCAAGAAUUCAUCUCCUCCAGCCAGAAUUCCAAAGCCGGAGGCGGCAGCAGCAGCAAUGCGCCCGCCGACACCGCCGCCGCGGGCAAACGAGAGCCGCCAGAACCGGCCCCGAACGCAACUCCGCCGCGCGAUACGAAGGGCGACGCGAGGGAUCCGACCCCCUCCGCCUCCCCAAGCAGCAUCGGCUCAACGCCCAGUAAAAGCGGCCCCGUGGGGAUAAAAUAG